UGUGCUGGUUGAAGACAUAUAUGGCUGGUGAGUUCUGCAACUUUGUUGAUGGGUUGAAACCGGCGAUGGUGAUGGUAGCGACUCAGAUCAUAUUUGCGGGAGUAAAUGUAUUCUAUAAGCUGGCAAGCAGGGAUGGGAUGGACCUGCGAAUCUUGAUUGCCUACAGAUACAUCUUCGCUACCAUUUUCUUUGCUCCCCUUGCUUUCUUCCUCGAAAGAAAUAGCAGACCAAAGUUGACAUGGAUGGUUACCUUUCAAGCGUUUCUUUGUGGCUUAUUUGGGGGGACAUUGGCUCAAAACCUAUACUUGUCAAGCUUAACGUUAACGUCAGUGACAUUUGCAGCGGCCAUGACAAUCCUGGUUCCAGCCAUAACCUACAUCAUGGCUGUGACUCUCGGGUUAGAGAGAUUAGGGAUUCGAACAUUAGCAGGGAAAGCGAAGAUGAUGGGGACUACCAUAGGCAUAGGAGGGGCAAUGGUGCUGACCUUCUAUAAAGGUACAGAGAUCAACAUUUGGUCAACCAAAGUUGACCUUACUCGUGGGGUUGGGAGCAGAGUAACCUUCACGUCAGCUUCGCACGCAAAUCUUGGUAGUCACAUAUUGGGCUCAUUACUGGCUCUUGGUUGUUGUUUCUCUUAUGCAAUCUGGUUGAUUGUUCAGACUAAGAUGAUCAAGAGGUACCCAUGCUACUUAUCAUGCUCGGCUCUAAUGUGUAUGAUGGGGUCCAUAACCGGCGUCAUUUAUGCUUUAAGCAUUGAGAGGAAAUGGGAGGAGUGGAAGCUUGGAUGGAACAUCAGGCUUUGGACUGUGGCUUACGCGGGAAUAAUGGCAUCUGGGCUGAUGUUUACGAUGACAACAUGGGGGGUAAAGGCAAGGGGCCCACUCUUUGUAUCAGUUUUCAAUCCUUUAGGACUAGUGUUGGUGGCAAUCGUGGACUCCUUGCUUCUCAACGAGAAGUUACAUGUUGGAAGCGUUGUAGGGGCAGCGUUGAUAGUGGUGGGGUUGUAUGUUGUGCUUUGGGGGAAGGGAACGGAGAUGAAGAAGAUGGCUGAUCAGCUUAUGCCGUCGAAGGGAUCCAAAGAAGCAAAGGAAAUCGAGGUGGUUGUCACUAUUACCACCCCCUCUUCUUCACCCGCUGCCAUUGACACCUCCACCACAAACAAUUCAUAG